AUGUCAAAAGAAAACCUGCAGGCGGAGUUUUCAAUGGGGCUCUCCAUGAUCAACUCUAAGGUUUCCUCGUGGCUUGAAGAUGCCUCCAAGAAGGAUGAUACAAAGAAAAACGCAUCAGAUGCAGAAUCAAAACCUUCAAAAUCAGAUCAUUUCUUUCUCGAGCAACCGAUCAUACGACAGGGUUCCGGGUUAAGUUUCAGCAACGUGCAAGAGAACUCCACAGUUGCUGAUUUCAUUCAGGGAAAGGAUGUCAAGCGCGAGAAGAAGAAACAAAUUCCUCAGAGUAGGUCGUUCAGUGUGCUAGAGAAGAAGAUCCAAAAGACGAAGGCGAAGAAUCCACAGAGAGUAGUCGCGAAACGUCAGAUCAAGCCUAGUCUUGAUGUUAACUCAGAUGAAGAGGACGAUGUUCCUGUCAGAAAGGCGAAAACCGGUUCGAAUUUGAUGUUUGAGAAGAAGAUCAAGAAGUGA